UACGUUCUCGAUGAGCGAAAACAAUGGGAUGAAAAUUUGUCUUCAUCUCGGUGAAAGGUGCAAAGGGUUCACGUACAAUCUUGGCCCAAAUACCGUCACUUUGAAGACAGGGGUGUUGAGUAAACCGAAAUUUUCCCUCGGUGUUAUCACUGUACUGAAGAGUGAGCAUCGAGAUAUCCUGGAAUUUGAGGAAGAAAGCUGUGCUCCUAGUUUGAAAAGCCAAACAAAGUCUGGCAAAAUUAAUAAAAAGAACGAAAUAUGUAAUCUUCCCAACAUUGACCCAUUUGAUCCAACUGUGAUGAAAAUGAUUGAAAAUGUUCCACCUUUGGUUUGUAAAGGAAAGAAAAACCUAACUUCUUAUCAAAAUGGCAUUUUGAGGAUAACUCCCGGUAAGAAUGUGAAGAAAGUUAACUAUCAAAUUCUGAAAAGAAAAAGCAAUACAGGGCAAGGUUACGACGUUUCCCGAACGGGCACGUUGACGCCGUCGGAUCCCGAAGCCCAGCUGAACGAAGACAUGGUGUACCUUGAGGUACAAACCGUCGAUGGUGAUGAGCAAAGAGAGUUUCACCUUGAUGUGCAAUCACGUAAGGAGUACGUAGAGCGUGUUGCAAAAACUAAACCAGGAAUACCGCUGAACGUAAUGAUGGUAGGCCUAGAUUCCACGUCCCACGCGCAUUUUCAAAGGAAACUGGGACCAGUGUACAAGUAUUUAAAGGAUGACCUAAAAUCCGUUGUAUUCAACGGACAUUCAAUUGUUGGUGAUGGUACAACUGAGAAUGUUGUAGGAAUGAUCACUGGUCGCCUGCUAGAUGAACUACAAGAAGCUAGGGUCGGGAGGCUAGAUGGGUCAUGUAUUGACAGCUGGCCAUUGAUUUUCAAAGACAUGCGGGCUCAUGGUUACGUCACAUAUUACAGCGAGGACGAAGUUUACAAUGGCGCAAUCACACAUCGCCUACAAGGCUUCUGUAAACCACCAAUUGACCAUUAUCUGCUUCCAUUGUGGUAUGCUGCUCUUAACAAAAUGACAACAUUAUACAGGAAGGUUGCUGAAUUAGGCACGUACAUUAAGGGUCACUGCCUGGGCUCUCAAGCGAUAUACAACGUUAGCUUCAACGCUGUUCAAAGCUUUUUUGACGCAUACCCCAACACGCCGAAGUUCGGGUUUCAAUUCAAUGCCGAUUUUUGCCAUCAUGAAUCGUUCAAUUUUAUUUCGCUGGUCGAAGAUAAGCUCUUAAAUUUUCUAAAAGUCAUGAAAGAUAAGAAUUAUCUUAAUAAUACUCUUUUAAUAUUAUUUGGAGAUCACGGACUUCGGUACGGUUUUGUUCGUUCCAGUAUUCUUGGUCGGAUGGAAGAGAGAUUACCUUUUCUGUCUAUGACUUUCCCGCCUUGGUUCCAGGCCUCUUAUCCAGAACUCUAUGCGAACUUACGAAGAAACGCUGAAGUGCUUACGUCACAUUUUGACCUUCAUGCGACCCUAAUGCAUUUUUUGACGUAUCCGAACGAGCCACAAGGUUUACCUCACGGAAGGAGUCUUCUGACAAACAUCGGGUGGAGAACCUGCGAAAAGGCUGGGAUACCUUUUCAUUAUUGCCCGUGUCUGGACUGGGACCCGGUUAGCACAGACCACAAACAUGUUGUAAAAAGCGGGCUCGCUGUCGUCGCCGCAAUAAAUGAUAUGCUGAGGCAGAAUGGACUCGCAGAGAAAUGUGCAAAGUUGAAAUUGCAGAGGAUCAAAUCUUCUAUAAUUGUGACUUCGACAAGGGGGGAUACGAGGAAAAAGUCAAUUUCAGGGUUCUAAAAGGUGGGUGUAUGUACCAACUUCAGAUUGAGACUUCGCCAAACGAUGGCAUAUACGAAGCAACAGUACAAAUGAUCAGCGGUGAGCCUCGUGUG